CGCAGUCACGGGUGCACGUAAUGGGGUUUCUUACCGUUGUUGAGCUUGUCUGCUCGUGUCUAUCAAUUGCUGGAGCAACCAUUCUUGUUGCAGCUACGUUUGCUAGCAAGAAAGCCUAUGACUCUGACAACACUGGUUGUUCUAGCAAGUGCCCCUUGUAUUCGAAGUUUACAUUUAAAGACGGGUUUUCCAUCGAAUGCGGCAAGAAAGGAGUUUGUGAUACUGCUCUAUUUGCUGGAUUUGCUGCUUUGGCGACUGCAGUGCUGUUUGUUGUACAACUUAUUCUCGUGUUUAUACACGAACGUCGUUCCGGACAAGACGGCAAACUAUCAAGGGUUCGCUGUUUGACUUUUCCAAAAAUGCUUCUGUCCAUUCUCUGUGUUGUUAUCUUGCUUGGAAUUGCUAUCAUGGUAUCAGCUGGGGUAGCUCUGUAUUGUGAUAGUCAAGAAAGUGCUUGGAAGACAGCGGCCAAGAAAUCGGGCGUUGAUGUUGAUUUUCCAGGUUGUCGGAAAAUGGAUGAGACAUUGCGCAUAGGGUUGGACAAGUGGCCUGAGAAUGGAUUUCUAACUAUGGAAGUGAUGUUGGCAGGAGGAUGGAUAAUGUUUGUCUCUUGGCUUGUUAUCAUGAUUAUCAAUAUCAUCGAGUAUCACCGACGUCGUCGUGCAUAUACAAUCGAUUUCAACGAGUUGAAGGAUUCAACCACUUAUACCUAGCCUGCAUAUUGGAAGAUGGAUCCAAUGACUGCGAUUUGGUGUUUCUCAACAUUGGUGUGUUAUGUCAGCGUCAUACAUCCAGCAUAUUAGACUUGUAGCUGCUUAGAUGUCAUUGCUUGAAAAUGGCCCUACAUAAAAUACUAGUUUUUAUGUUUG